CUGCUAAAGGAGGGACCAGUCUCCUAUCCGAAGGACGUUUCAGGGGAAAAGCGCAGAGGAGACUGCUGCGGCGGACGCCUCAACCACUCCCGCUUUCCUUGGAUACUUUUCUUUCUCUCCUUGUUUUACCCCGGGAUGCGUUCGUGAAAACCAAGUAUUGUGUUUAACCUCUCCAAAGUUUGCAAAACGCUUCUCAUAGCAAGGGGAGAAGGAAGGAAAGAUGGUGAUGCUCAAGGUCCUUGUUUUGUGCCUCCUAUAUGGAGCAGCAGUGCAUGUCCAAGCCCAAGACUGUCAUACAAAGCCAGAAUGCCCCAUCCACCUGUACUUUGUCAUCGACACGUCUGAGACCAUCGCCCUUCAGGAGCCGCCCCCAGGCAGCCUGGUGAACAGCCUCCGCACGUUCACGCAACGCUUCGCGGCUGAGCUGAAGGACCAGGACUACCAAGGCCUGGUGCAGAUCACCUGGAAGGUCGGUGGCCUGCACUUUUCCCAGACCCAGAAGGUCUUCAGUUCCAUCACCGACACGGCCACCUUCCAGACGAACCUGCAGAGUAUCCAGUACCUUGGCAAGGGCACCUACAUUGACUGCGCCAUCACCAAUAUGACGGCGCAGAUCAUGAGCUCCAACGAGCCGAGCCUGCGCUACGCAGUGGUCAUCACUGACGGCCACGUGACGGGGAACCCGUGCGGUGGUAUCAAGAAGUCGGCCGAGCUGGCCAGGGACCAGAACAUCAGGCUGUUCGUGGUGGCAGCGUCGCAAAACGUCGAUGAGGCCGGCCUGCGGGAGAUCGCCAACUCGCCCGCCGGGGUGUAUCGCCACGACUACCUGGCCGUGAACAUCACAGACAAGGGGAUUCAGAUCAGCGAAGACACCUACAAGCGUAUCAUCAAAGCCAUGCUGCAUCAAGCCUAUCAGGAGUGUUACAAGGUGAAAUGCCUGGAGACAGAUGGACCUGAUGGCCCAACGGGACACAGAGGACAGAAAGGAGCCAAAGGUGAUCAAGGCGGUGCCGGGCCGAAAGGUGACAUAGGUCGGCAGGGUGAUCCUGGUAUUGAAGGUCCUAUUGGCCACCCUGGACCUAAAGGAGAUAAUGGUUUGAAAGGCGAAAAGGGUGAGAUCGGCACACAAGGAAAGAAGGGUGUUGCCGGGUUACCUGGACGCAAUGGAACAGAUGGACAGAAGGGUAAAAUUGGGCGGGUAGGCUCUCCCGGUUGUAAAGGCGAUCCAGGUGACAAGGGACCUGAUGGCCACCCAGGAGAUGUGGGUGAUGCUGGUUUUGGUGGAAGUUCUGGAGAGAAGGGAGAUUCAGGUCGCCCAGGGAGAUCAGGCCCCCCUGGCCCAGCAGGAGGUCCUGGACCUAAGGGAGAAAGAGGAAGUUCAGGCGCACCUGGGUUACCCGGGCGUAAAGGACCUGCAGGAAAGGAGGGCGGACCAGGGCCACUAGGAGAACCUGGGAGACGAGGAGACUUUGGAUCCAAGGGAAGUACAGGACCUGCUGGACCCAAUGGAGAGAAGGGUGAACAAGGUCCAGAGGGACAAAGAGGUCUUCCAGGUGAAAGCGGCACGAAAGGAACAAAGGGAGACAAUGGUUUACCAGGACCAAGGGGCCCUCCAGGGGCCCUAGGAGAACCAGGGAUCAAUGGUAGCCGUGGCGAUCCUGGUGAUAUGGGACCUAGGGGAGAUCCUGGAACUCCUGGACCUAAGGGUGACGGUGGCAGACCUGGCUUCAGCUAUCCUGGACCAAGAGGCUCUACAGGUGACAGGGGUGGCAAAGGAUCUUCUGGGCCAAGGGGCGGCAGAGGUGACUGUGGGGCAAAAGGAGAUCCUGGCCUGAAGGGAACCCCUGGUGACGCGGGUGAGUCAGGACCACAUGGGGAACCAGGGCCGAGAGGAUUCAGAGGAGAUGCUGGAAGAGAUGGUGAUUCUGGUCCUGAAGGAGACCCUGGCCUGACUGAAUGUGACGUUAUGAGCUACAUUCGAGAAACUUGUGGUUGUUGUGACUGUGAGAAGAGGUGUGGUGCUCUGGAUAUCGUCUUUGUGAUUGACAGCUCAGAGAGUGUGGGCCUUACCAACUUUACUUUGGAGAAGAACUUUGUCAUCAACACCAUCAACAGAUUGGGCUCCAUGGCUAAAGACCCUAACUCCGAAACAGGAACCCGUGUUGGUGUGGUCCAAUACAGUCACACCGGAACCUUCCAGGCCAUCCAACCCAGCGACGCGCGGAUCGACUCUCUGGCUGCCUUCAAAGACGCAGUGAAGAAGCUGGAGUGGAUCGCCGGUGGGACCUUCACCCCGUCCGCCCUGAAGUUCGCCUAUGACAACCUGAUCCGCGACAGCAAGCGCAGCAAGGCCCGAGUCAGCGUGGUGGUGAUCACGGAUGGUCGCUUUGACCCACGCGACAACGAUAAACUUCUCACGUACCUGUGCAAUCAGCCCCGGGAAAUUGACGUCGCCGCCAUCGGCAUCGGCGACAUGUUCGCUGUCCCCGGGGACAACGAGAAUCUGGAGUCCAUCGCCUGUUUAAACACAGGCCCAAAGAAGGGGCGCGUCAUACCCAUGAGGCGCUUUGCUGACCUGGUGGCGGAGGAUUUCAUCGAUCAGAUUGAGACAGUACUCUGCCCUGAUCCUGUCAUCGUCUGCCCUGACCUUCCAUGCAAAACCGAGCCUGCCGUGGCGAGCUGCGCCCAGCGUCCGGUGGACCUGGUCUUCCUGCUGGACGGCUCGGAGCGUCUGGGCCUGGACAACUUCCGGCGCGCGCAGGAGUUUGUGGAGCGUGUGUCGCAGCGCCUAACGUUGGCCCGCGACAAGGACGACGAGCGCAACGCCCGCAUCUCCCUGGUGCAAUACGGCGGCGAGAGCGACCAGCGCGUGGUCUUCCCUCUCUCGCACAACUUCACACUCAUCACCGACGCCCUGUCCCGCAUGUCCUACAUGGACUCCUCGUCCAGUGUGGGCCCCGCCAUCACCUAUGCCAUCAACAAUGUGGUGAUGUCCAACCGCGAUCGGCAGGCGCGCCGCCACGCUGAGCUGGCCUUCGUCUUCCUCACAGACGGAGUCACCAGCGAGAAGGGCCUGUCCGAGGGCAUCGUGGCCAUGCGCCGGAGCGAGGCUGUACCUGUGGUUGUGGCCAUGGGCAACGACGUGGACCAGGAGGUGCUGACCAAGCUGGCACUGCAAGAUGAGGCAGCCAUUUUUAGAGGGCAGGAUUUCAACCAGCUGGCGAAGUCCAACUUCUUUGAGCGCUUCAUCCGGUGGAUAUGCUGAGCAAAAAAAAUGGGGUGGGGGGGGGGUGAGAGGGUGGGGCGUGUUAGGUAUGCCUAGUACUAACAUGAUCAUGCGCUGAGAGGGGAUGCUUUAGGGGUUUUAAAGAGUCAACACCAUUUCAUGGCAGACACAAUAUGAUUGGAUGAAGGUUUAGGUGAGACAUAUUGUGAUAUAAGUGAGAUACAGAUGUCUUGCUAGGUUAUAUCCUGCCAUGAGACGAACGUUGACUUUGUAAAACAAUGUGGAGAGGCAAGGGGUGGGGAGAGAAUAUACAGCAUGACAAAGCAAAAGGAACAAGCUAAUAUUGCAAAACUCCAAAGAUUUUUUUUCAAUGUUUCAUUUUUACAGAGUUGCAAAUGUAGUGUUUUUAUUUCUCCUUGUUUGUUUGUUUUGUUUUUCUUCAGAAUGUUCAUCCUGUGUAAAUGUAGAUAUCCAACACAUUUACACAACGGUGCUAAAACUAGACAGACUGGAGUUUAACCUGUAUAUCUUUGAAAGAAUCUUCCAUAAAAUUGCACACAAAAAACUGUUGGUGUUUUAAUUCAGGGGAAUCCAUGUAGCCAUAAACAGACGUAUCACAUCUGUACUGAGUCACCUCAGAAGCAGCCCAUCCUUACACUUCAUCUUAAUUUCUACAUUCCUGUUUGCUCUGAACUGUGACUUAAGAGGCUAAUUUGCUAUAGGUUUGCUACUAUUACUUGGUUACACACUCCAUGACAAGACAAAAGAACCAUUUGAUUGUCAUAGAUGUUCACAUGCAGUGCAUUGUACGUUGUCAUAGAAAUAAAGGCUUUUGAGAAUGGAAAAAAAAAAUCUUUCCAAGCACUGUUAUCAGUCAUAGACACUUGAAGCCAUGAUAAAGCAACUUGGAUUGUUUGUCUGUAAUUUUUUUAACACCAUAUGACACUUGAUGUGUCUACCCCACAUAUUGUUGCUGUCAGACUUCAGCGUAAGAUCAAUAAAAGGAGCUGUGGUAACAA